AUGAAAAUUUUCCAUGUACUUGCGAUACCUUACCCGGCACAAGGUCAUGUGAUUCCUCUCAUGGAGUUGGCACGACGCUUGACCAGUAAUGGUAUCAAAGUCACAUUUAUUAACACAGAAUUUGAUCACAAACGGGUUGUGAGUACCUGGUCUGAAAAUGAUCCAAGUGAUUUGAUGCAAAUGGUUUCAAUCCCAGAUGGGAUGGAACCGUGGGAGGACAGGAAUGACAUCAAGAGGUUGACCGAAUCAACCUACCAGGUCAUGCCCGCCAAACUAGAAGAGAUGAUUCAAAGUAUUAACAAAAAUGAAGAUGAAAAAGUGACCUGUAUUAUUACUGAUUAUUGCAUGGGAUGGGUUUCAAGAGUAGCACAGAAGAUGGGCAUUCGACUGGCAACCUUUUGCUCUGGAGCAGCUGCAUUUUUGGCCUUGAUCAUGAGCGUUCAGAAGCUGUUGGAUGAUGAGGUUAUCGACAGUAAUGGUGUACCUUUGAAAGAUGAAAUGGUUCAGCUGUCAACUACCAUGCCGCUUAUGGACCCUGCAAAAUUUACAUGGGUGUGUGUUGGUGACACAGGCACUAACGAAGUUGUCUUUCGUAAGAUAAUUCUUGAUGGCAAAGAAGCUGCAGAAGCAGCAGACCGCAUAAUUUGCAACUCAACCGUGGAAUUAGAGCAUGGGGCAUUUACCCUAUUUCCAAAGAUGUUGCCAGUAGGGCCGCUUUUAGCGACCAAUAGAUUGACAAAGCAAGCAGGGCAUUACUGGAAUGAAGAUUCAUCUUGCCUGACAUGGCUAGAUCAUCAGCCAGUCUGCUCGGUUAUCUAUGUGGCAUUUGGGAGUUUCACAAUUUUUAACCAAGCCCAGUUUGAUGAGUUGGCGUUUGGGUUAGAACUCACCAACAAGCCUUUCUUAUGGGUCAUACGACCUGGUGUAAAUGGCAAUACCGACUAUGUCUAUCCAAGUGGGUACAUGGAAAAAAUAGGCACCCGUGGAAAAAUAGUAAGUUGGGCACCUCAACAAGAGGUCCUAACCCAUCCUUCAGUGGCUUGUUUCAUUAGUCAUUGUGGUUGGAACUCUACCAUGGAAGGCGUUAGCAACGGUGUUCCUUUCUUGUGUUGGCCAUACUUUGCUGAUCAGUUUCUUAACACAACUUACGUAUGUGAUAUCUGGAAAACCGGUCUUCCUUUAAACAAAGAUGACGUUGGCAUUGUCACACGAGAAGAAAUAAAGAGUAAGUUGGAGAAACUGCUCAGCAACAACAUAGCCAAACAAAGUGCCUUGAAUAUGCAAGUAAAAGCAAUGGGCAGUCUGCAAGCUGGAAACUCCUCAAACAAAAAUCUCAGCAAUUUCAUUGAUUGGAUAAAGGAAGGGAAUGAUAUAUAAUGCUCCUGUAACAGACACCUUCAAAUGAAAAAUGGACUAUUGCCUUGUAUCAACAUUUACUGUUUAAAUGCACUCGUUAUAUAUGUCAUUCAGUA